UAUUUUUUGAUUUGGGAUUCAUUUGCUUAUGAUCAAUUCCUUUUCUGUUUGAUUUUGUGAUGAAUACUUAUCGUUUUGUUUGGUUUCUUAGAGGCCUCAUCGUGUCUUUGUGUUGUUUUUUUCUUUCCUCUUUAGGCGCGAUUUCUGGGCGAUUCUGAAAUGGGUUUUGAUUUUUACAUAACUUUCAAUAAUGGGUUCUUUAUAUUUUCCAAGACAUGCAACGGUUCAAUUAAGGAGGGGUGGGUUUAUUUCAUGGUGGGGUCCUUCCCCUUUUUGCUUUCUAUCAAUACUCCUCUAAGAUUCUUUUAGUUCUUUGUUUUUAAUUGCUCAUUGACUUCUCCACGCCUUAAUUGCACUCCACACACGCCUCCAGGUUUCUAAUUUGUAUUUCUCUUGUCUAUUUUCACUGUUUUUAGAUUUCUGCCUUCUUGUGUUUCUCCAAAAGCUUGAAUCAUAGGAUUUUUGUUGGAUCCAUUUGUAUAUAUGUUUGAUUUAAUCUGUUCCAUUGUGAUAUUUAAGCUGUGGAAUGGAAGGGUUUGCAGUGGUGAGUUUGUUGAUGAUCUUGCAUUUAAAAUCCCUUUACAAAGGCUAUGAACAUAGCCUUUGGUAUAGGUUUAAUGCAUUAUUAUUAGCAAACAGUCUGUAAAGUUUGGAGAAUUGUAUGGGAUUAUAUUUGUGUAAAAGGGGUUUGACUUGAGAUUUGAGUAUCUCUUUUGGACUUUGAAGAACAGGCAUCCAUUUGAUGGGUGAAAUAUUUAGCAAGCUGUAUCGUUUCAAGAAAUGGCCAUGGGACCUGACGGACACAAACGAGCAAGGAAAAGAAAUCAUUUGGUUCAAGAAAUUGGUGAUUAUAAUUCAUUAAGCUUGGGUGAAGAUCUCGAUCCUUGGACUGCAUGGGCGUACAAGCCUCGUACGAUAUCGUUGUUACUUAUUGGUGCAUGCUUCCUUAUCUGGGCCAGUGGAGCCCUUGAUCCUCAAAAGGCGGCGCAUGAGGAUAGUGCUACAUCUGUUAAAAGGGGCGUAUGGGCUAUGAUUUCAGUAUUUCUUGCCUAUUGUUUGCUGCAAGCCCCGUCGACGAUUCUGAUUAGGCCACAUCCAGCAAUUUGGCGUUUGGUACAUGGAAUGGCUGUCAUUUAUUUGAUAGCGCUUACGUUUUUGCUUUUUCAGAGUCGUGAUGAUGCUCGACAGUUUAUGAAGUUUCUUCAUCCUGACCUCGGUGUUGAGCUACCGGAAAGAUCUUAUGGUGCCGAUUGUCGCCUUUAUUUACCUGAAAAUUCCAGAAGCAGGUUUAAGAAUGUUUAUGAGACACUUUUCGAUGAAUUUGUUCCAGCUCAUAUAAUUGGAUGGUGGGGCAAGGCUAUAAUGAUUCGUAACCAAGCUCUACUAUGGGUGUUGUCGAUCGGGUUUGAAAUGAUGGAGCUAACCUUUCGCCACAUGCUACCGAACUUUAACGAAUGCUGGUGGGACAGUAUCGUUCUUGAUAUUUUGAUUUGUAACUGGUUUGGCAUCUGGGCAGGAAUGCGUACUGUUCGAUACUUCGACGGUAAAACAUACAAGUGGGUCGGUCUAAGUCGUCAACCUAAUAUUAUUGGGAAAGUUAAACGGACACUGGGACAAUUCACACCGGCGCAGUGGGACAAAGAUGAGUGGCACCCAUUGCUUGGUCCAUGGCGUUUCUUUCAAGUUAUAAGCCUUUGCAUCAUCUUCCUGACAGUAGAGCUCAAUACAUUCUUUUUGAAGUUUUGUCUUUGGGUACCCCCUAGGAAUCCUGUGAUCAUAUAUAGACUAGUCUUGUGGUGGCUAAUCGCGAUCCCAACAAUUCGCGAGUAUAAUUCCUACCUUCAAGAUCGAAAGCCUGUGAAGAAAGUCGGCGCAUUUUGUUGGCUGUCGCUUGCAAUUUGUAUCAUUGAGCUUCUUAUUUGUAUAAAGUUUGGACAUGGUUUAUAUCCCAAACCAAUGCCCGUUUGGCUGGUAAUCUUCUGGAUCGCUGUCGGGGCUGCAGUCGUAUUAUUCCUUCUAAUUUGGUCGUGGCAAUUGCAUCGGAGUUUAGCAAGAAAGAAGCUAUGAUCUCUCAGCAGUGGUGGUAGGCUAUUCUUUGGUUUCUUCUUGUCACAAGGGGUAUUCCCAUGUAUAUAUUUUACCCACAGUGAUUGUACUUGAGUUUCCUCUCAGAAAAUGGACUAAUUUCCCAGAUGAGCAAGAAUUAUGUUUCUUGAGUGGAAAGUUUUCUAUAUAGUAUUUUUCUUUUUCUUA